AUGCAAAAUAAUAAUUUUAGAAGGCCUUAUUUUUCAGUUCACAACAUCCCAUAAACAUCUGGAAUAACUAAAAGGUCUAGAAUUAUAAUUAAAAAAAAUAACAUUAAACUGAAGAAUAUUAAUGUGCCUAAAUUAGAAAGAAGUCUAAGUGUUCCUCAUAAUAUGAAAUUUUUUUAUAGAAUGUGUGUCCCUAUUCAAAUUUUAAGAACUCAAUAACAUUAACCUAGUAUUAAAGAUUCUUUAUCCCCUACAAGAUUAUCAAAAAUAAGAACUGGAAGAAAUACACUCAAAUUUUCUGAAUAUAUUUCUAAUGAACUAAGUCCAGCAAUUAUUGUUAGUGAUCAUAAAGUUGAAGAUUAAGUAAAAGAAGUUUAGAAAAGAAAAAGUUGUGAUUGUUCUGAAUGUGGUAAGCAAUCCUUAUUCUAAAGAGACACAAUGAAUUAUGGUGUUUAAAUUAAUCAUUUAAUGAAAGAGUAGGAAUCUGCUAUUAACAAAUUUAAAAGAUCAAUACGAAAACAAUAAACACUGUUAUUCCCUUAAUAUCUAAAUACUCCAAAAAAUAGUACAAGCAACGAAAAUAUAGUAGAAGAAAUAUAAAUUGUUAGAGAUGAUAUAAUGAUAAAAUCUUUUGCUCAUAGACCUACUUUAAGUAGCUUAGUCUUUGAGGAAUAAGUAUUAAUUAAUAAAUAAUCACCUAUUAAUUUAUAGAGUAAAACUAAACAUAGCUAUUUUGAAUCCUUUUUAUUGAAAUAAUAGAAGCUAAUAAAUUCUGAAAAAUAAUAAUUCUCUAGAUAAACAGGAUUAUUUGAAUCUUUACAUAAAAAGAAUAAUUUUUCGAAUAAAAAUACUUAAAUGCAUACUCCAACAGUAUUAACUCCUAGAUCUCCAGCUUCCUCAUUUAUUACAGGUUUUCCGUCUUAAUCUCCGGUGAAAAGAAAUAAUAAAAAUAACAUUUAUUUGUAGCCUCAAAAAUCAAAAUUCUUUAAAAACUAAAAUAGAAUUACAACUCUUCCUGAGGUACAUUAAUGA